UCUCUCACUCUUGGAGGCUGAGGCCACACCCCUUCCGGUCGUUUUGUUGUGUCGGCUGCUGGCUUCAAACAUUUCAGGCAUCAGGCUGGAGCGUUCAGUAACAGCGUUCAAGUUGCUGCGGAGGCUGAGCAGCUGUGGUGGUGUCUGUGGUGGCGGUACCUCUUCCCUGUUCGGCUUGUGAACCCUGUUUUUUUUGUGUGUGUUUUCUUUUGGUUUGUCCUUCACACGUGUGCAGUGUCUUUUUCUCCUGGUGCCCUUCCCUUGAGAUCUACUCCUUCUCCCGUUGACACUCUCCACUUGGUGAUUGGCAGGAGGAGGAGAGUCUGACGGAGGAGCAGAGGAAUGUUGGCAGCCAACAACGGAGGAAACAUGGACUCUUCACAAAAAAAAUGUAAACACAGCAAUGGAGUGAGAUGUCGGACCUCUGAGGAGGAUAAGGAUGGUUCAGCAACAACAGCAAAAAGAGAUGAAUCACUGAGUUGUGAGCAAUGUGGCAAGACUUUUAUCACAGCAACAAAGUUAAGAAUUCACAAAUGUAUUCACACUGUGGACAAAUCAUUCAGCUGUGAUCAGUGUGGAAGAGCUUUUACUCAUGUGUGCAAUUUAAAAUCCCACCAACUCAUUCACGGUGGAGUUAAACCAUUCAGCUGUGAUCAGUGUGGAAAGGCUUUUACUGAGAAGAGUAACUUAAUAAGACAUCAACUCAUUCACAGUGGAGUUAAACCAUUCAGCUGUGAUCAGUGUGGAAAGGCUUUUGCUGACAAGAGUACAUUAAGAAGUCAUCAACUCAUUCACAGUGGAGUUAAACCAUUCAACUGUGAUCAGUGUGGAAAGGCUUUUACUGACAAGAGUUACUUAAAAAGUCAUCAGCUCAUUCACAGUGGAGUUAAACCAUUCACCUGUGAUCAGUGUGGAAAGGCUUUUACUCACAAGAGCACUCUAGCAAGUCAUCAACUUAUUCACAGUGGAGUGAAAUUGUUCGGCUGUGAUCAGUGUGGAAAGGCUUUUACUCGGAAGAGUCACUUAAAAAGCCAUCUACUCAUUCACAGUGGAGUUAAGCCAUUCAGCUGUGAUCAGUGUGUGAAAACAUUAACUCAGCAUGAACAGUUGUUGAUCCAUCAAUGCCCCCAUUCUGGUAGAAAGCCGUACCACUGUGAGUCCUGUGAAAAAACUUUCAAGCACCAACAGGACUUAAAACGUCACCAACGCAUCCACACUGGACAUGAUGUGUACGUAUGUGAUCACUGUGGUGAACCAUUUGUUUUGUACUCACAGUUAAAAGCUCAUGAAGUGACCCACACUGGGGUUAAACCAUACCUUUGUGACCAGUGUGGGAAACGCUACAGCUACAUUGAAUGCCUCAAAGUUCACCAACGUGUCCACACUGGGGAGAGACCAUACAGAUGUGACGAGUGUAAGAAGACUUUUACAACUUUGGGUUCCCUGAAACAACACCAGCAGAUCCACACCAGAAAGAAAGCAUUCAGUCAGUGUCACAGUGAGAACGGAACAGAUGGACAAAACUCUCAGACUUGUCAGCACUCUUCCAAUGGUGAACAGUGCUGCUUUGACCAGUCUGGACCAAUGUCCAACCAACAGGGAACCCUACGACGACACCAGCGUAUGCAUACUGGACACAGACUGAACCCCUGCCAAGAAGAUUUGUCCAUGCAGGGUUCAGUAAAAGUUCAUGAAGUCCUCCACAAACUUAAAGUCCUUGAGAUCCGGCUUCACAGAAUUCAGGUCUAAUUUCGUGUUUAGUGUCUUUGUUGCUUUGUUGUAAAAUCCAUUAAGAGGAAAGCUGUCGUUAACAGACGUGACUGGUAAAUUAAUUAAACCAUUCAAAGUGGUUACUCAGUUAAAUGAAUUAUCAGUGGUAGAGGGAUAGACGUCUGGAUGGAGGCAGUGAGCAGCAGGGUGAAUUUAUUAACUCUAUCUAUCUAUCUAUGAAGAAUCUCUAAUAUUGAACAAGUAGAUCAAAUAAUCUCAGAAUAUGUGUGAGUUGAAAUAUAAAAAACAUGAAGUGUUGGAUGAAAAGUCCAAUCUUUGAAAGCUGACAUGUAGUUUAGAAUCAUUUCUUUGUAAAUUAGCUGCAUCCAGUCAUUACCAUGACAUUGGCAUCAUGGAACCACGACCACAUCCGUAUGUGUCUGGAGAUAGUGGCAUUUUUGUAACGGCACAUUUUCAUGCUUUGAAAGGUACAGUGAGGGAAAAAAGUUUUCAGACACCCUGAAAAUUUUUACACAUCUUAAAUAUUAUCAUGAAAUAUUUGUUGAAAAGUC